AUGUUGCUAGGAAAACAGUCGAUCGUGACCUGCUGCCGUUGUUCCAAAAACUAUGCCGAUCCCAAAUCUGAAAAUUGUCGAUCUCGGAAAAUUGGAAGUUUCCCCCAAUCUCCACUUACGCCAUUAUCGAUCGGACAUCACUCUAUAAGUAGAUUUUUCUCGAUCGUCCCUACCAGGUUCAUAAAGGUCCUGUUGAAGAUGGCCCACCAAAAUUUUUUACAAUUUAACUAUCAGAAUUCGGAAAUGUCUCAUAAGGUUCCAAUCCACUCUACUUCACUCCAAUCCAAUCCAACCCAACACAAUCCAGAAAAUAGUUCCAUUUUGAGUUUGAAAGGGGCUAAUCCUAAAACAUUUGUUUCACAUGUUGGUACUAUGGGUGCCACAUCAUCAACACAUGAAUCAUCCACCCAAUUAUCCUUACCUACAUCAUCUACCCAAUCAUCUGUAUCUACAUCUGUCCAAUCAUUUACAGUUGUAUCUACUACAUCAUCUAUACCUAGAUCCACAACAAAUGGUAGUGAAUCGGUUGAGGAAAAUAUUGGCAUUCAACAUCAAGGGUAUUUACUUGGAUCUACUGGACUGGAUGGGCGUCUAUAUAUUGGAGUGCGAGAUAAGGAGUUAUUUCCUUCGGGCCCAUGUUCUUCCAUUAUCUAUGAAUCCUUUGGUGAAAGAGCUGAUUUAAACGGGUAUAGCUGGGCAACUUUAAGUGACGAGACAAAACUCCUUUAUUGGGACGAGUUUCAUCGCAUUCGUUCUAGUAAAGGAUCUUCUGAAAUGCAUCGCGAACAAUACGAGGAUAAUAAUGCCGAGACAAAAGUCGAGAUUGAGAAUUUGAAGAAGUUAGUUGAGACACAACGCGAACAAUAUGAGGAUAUUCAACAAAAAUAUGAGGAUGUUCAGCAAAAAUAUGAGGAUGCUCAGAAAAAGAAUGUGGAGUUUCAGCAGAAAAAUGUGGAUGUUCAAGCAAAGUUUGAACAACAACUUGCACAAGCAAUGAAUGUCAUUAACACAUUGAGUGAACAUGUCAAAACUUUUAUUAAUCAAUGA